AUGUCCCAGAUCGUUUGCGAAAUUCAUGGGGAACGUGGAUUUCGUUCAGCCAUACGGAUCAUAUUUGCACCGCUGGCGAAACAUGGCGAGGACAACAUUACGGCACCAGCUGUCAGUCGUACCUCACUCGUUUCGGUCGAAAUGAUUUGCCGUUUUCCUGAAGCGUCCUCACAACUGUGGACAAUAUACACGGCAGUAUUGCUUGCGGGCUUACCAACGGUCACAAAUGAAAGAUUUUCCACAAUCAAUCCGUCUGUCUCACUUGGCAGAAUCCAGUUGCUUUGUUGCCAUGUGUGCCUCGUUACGAUUGCGGAAGACUGCAGCGGACAAAUCACCGACCACCUCGGUGACCGCGUAGAGUCGAUCGGUCGGACGCGAUGGGAUGCUCGCUCUGGAGAAACUCUUCAGUUGGAUGAGCGUUAA